AUGGAUCAGCCGGAAGAUCUGGACUUCGCAGACGACAUCAGCCUUCUCUCCGACAAACAACAAUAUGCACAGGAGAAGCUGAGUCGUGUUGCAGAAGAAGCGAAGACUGGCCUCCAAGUCAACAUCGUUUCUUUGUUUCUUUCUUGGUCAUACAUAUGUUUAUUCUUUUUUUCUUAUUCUUUGAUUUUCUUUGCUUUUUCUUCUUCGUUAGUGUUAUAUUUUUCUUUUAUGUUAGUUUUCCCUUUGUCCUUAAUACAAUUCGCUUUUUAUAAACGCGUUUUCUUUUUUCCAUUACGUGUCGUAAUUUCAUUUCUUCUCUGUGAACAUUUUCCUUUCCUUUUCUUGCCACCAUUUCUUCUUUCUUUCUUAUUUUUUCUUUUUCUUUCUUCCCGUUAUUAUUUCUGUUUAUUUUUUCUUAUACACUUUUCUUUUCAACAAAUCAGCUUGACCCUAUUUUCUUACUCAAUUUAA